UCCGAUACAGUAGGGGGCGACGUGCACCUUUAACGUUGGUUUGUAGCCCGCCAGUAAAAUGAAAGAAGCAGUACAACCAACGGUUAUUUUGUCCAAACUGACGAGGGCAACAGUAAAUACGACAUUUCUGCGUUUAGUCUGUCAAGUAAAAAAAAAAAAACAAUUAGUGGAGAAAUCUUUCGCUUGCCUGCCAGCACGUUAGUUGUCUGGAAGAUUUGUCUGGAAAGCCGUCCGCCUGCUGAGCUGGACUGAGGAGAAGAGCGAGGCCAGAGAAACAUGGAGCGCCAGUGUAAAGUUCAGGUGGAUCUGGAGUUGGGCCACAGAGCCCAGCUAAGGGAGAAAGAAACUUCAGAAGACUUCACCCACGACUGGACUGUUUUUGUCCGAGGGCCAGAGACUGGUGACAUCCAGAAGUUGGUAGAGAAAGUUGUCUUCCACCUGCAUGAGAGCUUCCCCAAACCCAAGAGAGUAUGCAAGGAGCCUCCGUACAAAGUAGUGGAGUCGGGCUCCGCGGGCUUCCUCAUGCAUAUCGAGGUUCAUUUCAAGAACAAGGAGCAGCCGAAAAAGGUGUGUUUCAAAUACGACCUCUUCCUUAACCCAGAGGGUGAACCUCCUGCUGACCACCUGCACUGUGAGAAGCUCACCUUCAACAACCCCACCAAAGAAUUCAGGAGAAAAUUGACCAAAGCUGGAGGGGUGAGGCUGCCUGACACACUGGUAAUGGUGGUUCCAGAGGGGGCUGGGGCUGCGUCAAGGUCCAGUCCAGACUCCUCGAUGCCCCCAAAGAAGAAGAUCAAGACAUGUCAGAGGAACCCAACAAACAAGGAGGCGGUGGCAGCAGCCAUGCCAUACGAGCCGACCAAGGAGCACCACGAACGGCCCUGAAAAGACUGAGAGCAAAGCUACCUCGAAAGGAGACACCGACAGAGGUGGAAGCGGCAAGAAAGCAGGCCAAGCCACAACAUUUCACAGUGAUCAUUGCAAAUACAAUGGCAAGGCAUUCUCUACAUGUGAUUGUUCAACUGUGGCCUUCUGUUUGCUGAGGAGAUUGUUUAAAAUUGUUUGAGGGGAGCCACAAAUAAUAACAAGUGAAAGCAAGUUUGCACAUGUGCACAGUAAAGCUGUGAUUUUCCCAAAUGAUCUUGAAAAGCUGUUUUAUACCAAUGAAUUCUUGAGUCUCAUUACAUUUUUUGAUGAUGUGUUUAGGUGAAAUUAUGAUGAAGCAAUAGGGCUUCAAAGAGGAGCUAGGGUUAGAAGAUUUCUCACUUUCAUUUUCCAUUAUUGCAGUGGACAAAAAAAUUGUCAUUUGUUUUGGGGUUUUUGUUAAAACCAUAUGUCACAUUGUUACCAAAAGUCAAAGCACCUGUCCUAAUUGAAAUGCAUGAUUUUGUAUGUAUGUAUGUAUGUAAGUAGUCGAAAGAGGAAGAAGCUUCAGCCAUCAUUUAUUUACAGAGAUAUAUUUUGCCCACAUUGUUUUUUUUAAAUGUGUUUGUUCAGGUUUGAUUGUUUUUUUUGUUUGAAGGUCCUCCAAGGCAGGGCACAACUACAGUGAUGAUGAUUAUUAUGUACUACAAUAUCUACUGAACAGUUUUUAAAUACGUUGCAGUUGUUAAGUUUUAAAACACAUUUGCUUUUAAUUUUAAUAAACCUCUGUUACGUGUGUGAAA